GAACAACUCCCUCUCUAGAACCCUCCUCUGCCGGCCGUCCCUCUUCCUCUCUCUCUACGGCGACGCCGUCAGCCCCUCCCCCUCUUCUCGACUCCCCUUCUCCUUUCUUCAAAACAAAAAAAACAUGUCAGCUUCAGAUAAAAUCACCGAAAAAUCCACCUUUGUCUCCUCCUCCAACGCCCCUCACCUUGCUUUCACCACCAUCUCCGACGUUAAGAUCCAUGUUCUAAUACAACUGAGCUUCUCCAAACCUAAUUAUAAAAGCUGGAGUCGACUCUUCUCACUCUUGGUACGCCGAUUCAAUCUUCAUGGCUUCCUCUCUGGCUCUACUACUCCCUCUUCUGCCGAUGAUGACAAGUGGUUUCAACUUGACGCCUUUAUUCAAGUGUCCAAGUUUGAGGAAAAUAGAACCAUUGACCUUUCCAUUGGUUCCAUUAAUAGAGGUAAAUUUAUGAAAAUCCGAGAGAGUAGGCGAGAGGACAGUACCUUCCUAAUUAUUCCCUUUGAUUCAAACAUUGAUGGCCCAAAAAUUUUCACAAAGGCCCUCUCCUUAUUUACCAAGAGAGCUACCAAUCUUGAGAUAUGCUCAAAGGUGAGUGUGUCUGAGGAACCCAAGGAAUCGCUGCACCAUUCUCCCAAGGGAACUGAUGCUUCAUUGCUGCCUACAGUCACAGGGCAGGAGGUUAAUACCAAAUGCAGUGAAGAUGUCACAAGUUCAAAGGGUUCUGUUGGUGAUCUCACCCCAGCCGAACCUAAUAAGCAAUUAGUUAUUUACCAAACUAAAGCAGCUCCUGGCUUCACCCUCUCCACCAGUCAAUCCGAAGAGUUUCCACCUCUACCACAGAAAAUACUUAGUCCUUCUGCUCCCGCCUUCGUGCCUGCUAUAUACUCCUAUGCUGCCCUUUUCACUCAGGAAGAAGGAUCGGAAGCUAUAGCAGAUUUAGAAGAUGACCCCUUUUCAAAUCUCCAUGGGCAAAGUUUGAUACUAUCCCUCAACGCAGUGGAAGAUCACGCAAAGGACAGGGAUGGACCCAUUCUAUAUACCCACUCUGAUGGGGAGGAUUUUGUGUUCAUAGAUACAAAGCUCAAACCUCUGCAAAUUGACCUCUCAAGAUGCUCCAAACACCCCCUCCAUCUCCGUAAGGAACUAAAGGGUAGAAGGACGUACUCACCGUCACAAAUUGUUACAAGGAGUAAAGCUAAAAUCCUUGAGCAAGGAAGGAAAUUUAAUCCUAUCGGCUGGGUCGAAGAAGAAGAGUUGUUAGAUCCCCAAGAAUCACAUCAAGAUGAGAGAGAGGUCGCGGAGUUGAGAGCUUUUGUUCCCGGAAGUUUCGCCGGAAAAUCUUCAAAACCUUCAUUACACUUCGAGAAUGAGGGGGCAGCAGGUCCUGUGCUUACUUUCUCCCAUGAUGAAAUCCUUGAGCUGUCCAGCAAGUUCAAAUAUGGUGUGAUUGGAAGGAUGGCAAAACCAGUUCCAAACCAUGAAAUAGGAGACAGUCUACAACGGGCCAGAUUUGGAGGCUUUAAGGUCAGCUCUCUAACCCAAUCACAAGUUCUCAUUAACUUCCUGGACGAAGAAGACUUCUACAGGCUUCUUUAUCGGCGUACAUGGGAGAAUCCCCCCAGCUCUAAGGGGAUAGAGGACUUCUCUCAGGCUCUUCAAAUCUGUGAGCUUAGCAACAUCACUCCAAGUGGUGUUCUGUACACUUGGAAUGGGCGUAGAACGCAAGGAAUGGUUUGGCGCAGGCUAGAUAGAAUUGUGGUUAAUCCUAGAGUCUUGGAAGCUUAUGAGGAGGUGACACUUACUCAUUUAAGCAAAAGUGGCUCAGAUCAUAAGCCAAUCUUCCUUAAAUGCUCAAAUCCCAAGUUUGAUGGCCCAAAAAAUUUCAGAUUCAUCAAUGCUUGGCUAACCCAUAAAGAAUUCCUGCCCAUGAUCAAGAAGUAUUGGCAUAACAGCAGUAAUGUAAGUGGUAUGAUGGGCUUCGCUGAAAAACUUAAGCAACUCAAACCAAUAAUAAGGGAAUGGAAUAAGGAGAUCUUUGGAGACAUUUUCCUUAAUGUUAAAAAAGCUGAGCAUGUGGCUGCUGAAAAACAAGUCAGAUAUGAGGAGGAUCCCACGGAAGAACUGAGAUGUCAAUCAAAUCUUGCUGCUGCUAAACUCUUCCAGGCUUGGAGGAGAGCAAAACUUAAAAUAUCCACCAUAAGGGAUGACAUGGGGAUCAAUCUUGACAAUGAAGAUCGAAUUGGUAACCUGGCAGUAGAACACUUCACCAAUAUCUUUGCUGAUCAUGCCAUUUCAAAUCUAGAAAGUAUUACCACAUACAUUCCCACCACCAUCACAAAACAAGACAACAAUUUUAUGAGGAGGCUACCUGAAGUAGAGGAAGUUGGGGAAGCAAUAUGGUCCCUUAAUCCAGAUGCUACAGCUGGCCCGGAUGGGUUUAAUGGAAGAUUCUUUAAAGAAUGCUGGAACAUAAUCAAAGUAGAUCUGCUUAGGGCAUGCCAGGAAUUUUUCCUGGGAAUCAAAAUCCCUGCUUCGUAUGGAAGUACCCUCAUAACUCUGGUCCCUAAAGGUGACAAUCCAGUUAAAUGGAAAGACUAUAGACCUAUUUCCCUUUCUACCUUCAUGAGCAAGAUUAACACUCGUAUUCUAGCCAAUCGACUUGGCACUUUACUGCAUAAAGUGAUUGGUCUAGAACAAGCUGGUUUUCAAAAAGGGAAAUCCAUUGAUGACCAAAUCCUCUUGGCCCAAGAGAUUGCUCAUCAACUGGAACGCAAGGUUGAGGGGGGGAAUAUCAUAAUCAAACUUGACAUGGAAAGUGCUUUUGAUAGAAUGAGUUGGCAGUACCUAGAAUCAGUGCUAAAGAAGAUGAGUUUCAGCAACUUUGUCACAAGCUUACUGCUGAGCAAUCUCCAAGCCACAAUGAUGUCCAUCAACAUAAAUGGAAAGCCUAAGGGUUACUUGCUAUGAAGAGGGGAGUGAAACAAGGGGAUCCUAUGUCCCCUCUUCUCUUUAUUCUAGGAAGCGAAGGUUUAAGCAAGGCUAUUACACAGGGGAUACAUUCCAGGUU